AUGUUUCAUGUCACAGAGUCAAAGAGAAUCUAUCCGCCAUGGCAAACAGCAAACCGUAAGUGAACUUUACAUGGACAAAAUUGUCCUACGAGCCAAAUAAUAGUAUUCAAAAGAAAUAUGAAAACCGAUAUUUUAAUUGCGUGUUCUUAGCUCUUUUUUUUCGUUUGUGUAUCGUAUAAAAUCAUGAAACAUUGAAAAUUAUUUAGACUGGAACACAAAUGUAGACGUAAGCUUAACGCUAACGCGGGAAUACUGAAAUAGAAAAGUUGUUGUUGCAUGCAAGUAUUUCCCGGGAAUUAUUCCAAUACCAAACUUAGAAUUUCUUUGUCAAAGAGGUAACAAAACGCAUUUUAGUUCUUUAGCACUUGUUUCUGGUAGACUGGUAGAAAAGCUCCCAAAAGAAAUAUCCUUGGAAACUGAAUUAAUUCCAAGUGUCUCGCCAAAUUAUGUCUGGCCAAGUUGCUCGGUAAAAGCCUCUCUUCACCAGCGGAUACUUCGAAUUCAAUUUUUUAAAACCUUUUCUUUUUAAACAGUGCUCGCUCUUUUUACAGAAUUUGAAAGAAUUUGAUUUAGUCUAUCCUGUAAACCAAAACGUAACAGGGUCAUUUUCUUUACACCCUGAAACUAGGAAUUUAGCUUGCAUGUUAACUUUUUUUAGAAAAUUUUUGGAACCUUUUGAACGCUUGUUUACCAGAGUUUCAUUUCUUCUGUAACUAGAAAGAUAGGAAUGAGGCAGCCAGAUCUGUUCUCCACCUCUAACUUAUUUGUCUUGUCUGUUACUCCAUGUUUGUUGGCCUAGAUUGAUUAUGGACUGGACCCGACAACAUGACAGAGCCCUUCUAGAUGAAAUGUCUGUUAGUGAGGUGUUCCAGUAUAAAAAGGGGACACCAGAAAGAGGUCAAGUUUGGGACUCCAUCGCUGCAAAUCUCAAUGCUGUGGAAUACCCGAAAUUUAAGGUCCUCAAGAGGUCAUGUAGAGACCGCUGGACUCUGUUGCGUGGGAAAUACCAGAAAAAAAUGACAAACGAAAUCAAAGCAUCCGGCAUUGAUGUGGAGGUGAAUGAAAUUGACACCAUAAUUGAAGAGCUUAUUGGGAAAGAAGAUGCUGCUGUUAGCACUGGUGGCAAAGACAAGAAAAAGGUUGAAGAAGAAAAGAAGGCUGCAGAACAAAUUCGAAAAAAGGCCAUGGAACGUUUGGGAGAAAGUAGCAAAAGAUGUGGGGCAGAUGGGGAGGUGGAAGUGAAAAAGAAAAAGAGAAAGAGUAGUAGCGAAGCUGUGGAGUUUCUCAGAGAAAAAGCAAAGUUAGACCAUUCUCUCAGAGAGGAAGAACUUCAGCUUAGGAAAGACCAGCAAAGCCAGACACUGGUGCUGUUGCAACAGCAACAACAAAUGAAUCAAGUUUUACUUUCUCUGAUGGAAAAAAUGGUGGAAAAGCAGAAAAAUUAG